AUCGUACUGGUCGAAGCUGUCAUGUGAUUAUAUUUUUCACCUGACUGACAUUUUUCUUCGCGAAUUUCUUCAACUUCAAUUCGACGACGGCAGAAAAUUUGUAAGUUUUCCUUGUGGAAAAUUGUACGAGGUUCAAGAAGAAAAGUCACCGUUUACCUUUCAGUGCAACACAAAUAAAUAAAGCAACAAAAUGAAAAUUUGUGGUCCAAAAUUGUCACUCUGCGGUUUGAUCAUCUCCGUUUGGGGAAUCAUACAAUUGGUGUUGAUGGGAGUGUUCUUCUUUAUACACAGCGUUGCGCUUAUUGAAGAUUUGCCUAUCGGUGAGGAAUUCCAUACUGUAGAUGAUUUCUACAAUGCAGCCAACGCCGCGUAUAGCCAGAAUGCCUACAAUUGCUGGAUUGCUGCCUGCAUCUACGUGAUUACACUAUUGUUCUCCGCCCAGCAAUUCUAUGUAAACAGCAGAGCAACUGCCAAUUAAUUUAAGCGACCGAGUAACAUGAAACCACAUGUCAAAAUAAACAAACAAGUACAUACCUAAACCAUCUACAACCAACCAACCAACCACUUGUUAUGUUCGUUGACGUAUUAUGUUCUAAAUUCCGCCAUCAUCAUCUUAUAUUGUUGAAGUUGUAGCUUGCAGCCAUUUCUAAAUUUAAAAAAGAACACCGCUCAGGAUGUGUCGGGCAUUACGAAGACUUUUAAGUGAGAGCAAAUGAGGAAGCAUGCAGCUGCCGCAACAACAGAGUAAAACAUCAAGAUCAUCAGCGUCGUCGUUAUUGUUGAUUUUUUUCAUUUAAGUAAGCGGUGUCUGCAGUUAUCAAUGCAAGAAUAUAGUUUUACCAAAAACAUUGAAUAACUCUUAACAUUAUUUGACUACUUACAGUUGAAGUAAAAGACGGUGCAUAUUUUUGUUUUUAGUGAAAACCACCUUGCAAUUGGCUUAACAAAAAUUUAACAAAAAUAAGUGUACUUCCUACUUUCAUUUCAAGUCUUCAAUGCCUGUGUUUUUCAGCCAACAUUAAUUGAAAUUUUGAAACUAAAACUAUAAACACAUUCCAUGUUCGUCCGUAUGCCUUAUUAUGUUUUUUUUUUUGUUAAAUAUAUUGAUUUCUGCUAUAAUUCGCUGUCUGGUAUUGUUUCCACUUUGCUUUAGCACUGUGCGUAAAAGUAUUUUUUUUAUUUAUUUGUAUGCUGCGUUGAGUGUAUAACGCUGCACGUCAUGUAUGUUGCACUUUACUUCAACACUUCAGCACAAGCUAGCGCCACUUGUAUAAUAAACAAACAUAAAUAUGCAACAAUUUGCAAAUUUCGUUUGAUUACUCUUUGAAAAAAUGCACAAAUUUUUGCAUGGCAGGAAGCGUUUUAACUUUCACGUGUCUGCAUUUAUUUUAUUUUUGGCAAUAUUGGAAUGUGACUAACAUAAUUACGAGUCUUACUACUUUCCAUUGCUGUCUAAAGUCUCCUCGAUGUGUGUGUUUGUGUGUAUAUGCAGUCACGUGACGUUUUAUAUUGCGAUUUCUGUGUAAAAUUUUGUGCAUUAUUUACUCUUGGUAUUUUUCUUUUUAUUCGUUUUCUUGUAAAUUUGAACAACAACGUGUAAAUUAAGUAAAAAAUAUAAAACUAUAUAGCAAAUACUUAAAAAAAACUUAUUUAUAAGCAGUUUUGAAAGAUCCAUACAUACAUAUAUAAUCCGUUUGAGAAGCCCACCACAAAUGCUGGUGAAAGUGUUGUAUAUCUUGAAAAUUUAAACUUCUAUAAAUAAAGUGUAUAUUAAAUAAAUAUUAUUUACAUAAUAAACGAAACUUAGAAACAAAAA